AUGGCGUUCAACCCGUUCCUGAGUCGUCCUGAUCUGGCACUUCUACCCUUUAUGGGUCAUCUACCUGCUCUACCAGGGGCUCCGGGAUUCUUCCCUCGUCUGCCACCUGAUUUACAGGAUAUGCGAACCCGAAACGAUGACGACGGUGUCCAGGACGAUCCACAGGUGGAGCUUGAUGACAAGGAGCUCUGGAACUCGUUCAAUUCGUGUGGCACUGAAAUGGUGAUUACCAAAAGUGGGAGGCGUAUAUUCCCUGCUUUUCGUGUGAAAAUCACUGGAUUGGAUAAAAAGAGCAAGUACAUCUUUCUAAUGGAUUUGGUGCCUGCCGACGAAUGCCGCUACAAGUUCAAUAAUAGCAGGUGGAUGGUUGCUGGCAAGGCGGAUCCUGAGAUGCCGAAACGGAUGUACAUUCAUCCGGAUUCACCAGCCACUGGUGAGCAUUGGAUGGCCAAAGGGGCCAAUUUCCACAAGUUGAAACUCACCAACAACAUCUCGGAUAAGCAGGGAUACACCAUCCUGAACUCGAUGCACAAGUACCAACCAAGGCUGCACAUAGUUCGAUGCGCCGAGAUCAUGAACCUCCCCUACUCAACGUUUCGAACAUUUGUUUUCAAAGAGACCGAGUUUAUCGCCGUGACAGCCUAUCAAAACGAAAAGGUUACGCAACUGAAGAUUGACCACAAUCCAUUUGCGAAGGGAUUUCGAGACGCUGGAGCGGGGAAGCGUGAGAAGAAGCGGCUGCUCCAGAAUCAUGCUCGAGAACAGUUAUCGCCACGAUCCUCUUCGGCACAUCCAUCCGAAGAUGCAUCCGAGGACGACGAUCCAGCACCAAAGAAAGUUCGAGAGGAGCCACCACCAAAGACUUCCACACCCGUCUCCACCGCUGUAGCUCCUUCAUGUCCGCCCCGAUUGCCUUCACAAAUGUUUCCCUUUGCUUUUCCUUCUGAUAUGUUCUACCCUACCCCGGAUAUGAUUUCUCAGUGGCAGGCAGCGUUCUUACGGCCUCCUCUGAUACCCGCCACUAUUAGUUCAGCAACUGUGCCCUCAGCUCCUCGAAAAGGCGGAUUCGAUGUCUCUGAUCUCUUGUCCAGACCAUGA